CCCAGUGUGGCUCUGAGAUCGACUGACUUGGGUCUAAUAAUGGAGCGCAGAGUCCAAAGCAAACACGGUGAAGCAGCAUUUAGCUAUUAUGCUCCAAAAAUAUGGAAUAAAUUGCCAACAGAGGUGAGGUCAGCCCCAAGUGGGAAUGUUUUUAAAUCCAGGCUGAAAACUCUUCUUUUUUUUCCUCAUGCAGAAUAUAUCCACUUUUUGAUCAUAUCACUUGGACUGUAUGCGGUUUUAAUUCUUUUUUUUUAAAUAUUUUGUCAUUUUUAUUGUUUUUAUGCCACUUUAAAUGUUUUAAUCUCUUUGUUUUCAAAUGCCAUUAAGUUACCUUUUGUAUGCACUACACAAGUACAUUUGCUUUGCUUUGUAUUAUUUUUAUGAAAAAUUUAACUUCAAGGGUAGAAUUGCAGGGUCUGUUCAAUUAAUGAUUUAUUUGAUCAGAUGUGGCCAACAUCAUGAGUUGAUUUAGACACAAAUAUUUCUAUUAAAAAAAAAAUAUAUAUAUAUAUAUACUUUUUUUUUAAUGUAACAAGUGGGCAUGUUACUAUAAAAAACUCAACUCCGUAAUGGAGGCUUUAAUUCAAAUUUCCAACUUUUGUAGUUUCCGUUCCACCUAUUAUGCAAUUGAAUGUGCUUCCAACGGAUUACCUAACAAUCAACCUACAGCGAGUGAGCGAGUGAGCAGUGUCAGCAAAACGGAAUCAAUAAACGAGGUGCGGCGAUAACGCGUUUUAAAGGGCAGCCCGGAGCCGCAGGCGCAGUUUACCAAAGUGCACUUUAUCUUUCCGACGCAAGCAGCCAUGCUGGACGUUGACGACUCGGCAAAACCCGCGGAAAAGAGAGGGACAUUAACCUCGGUCCUGGCACUGGCCACUCUCACAUCUGCAUUUGGCUCAUCCUUCCAGUACGGCUAUAAUGUUGCUGCCGUCAACUCUCCAGCACCAGUAACCUUGCAAGGAACACGCGUGUUAACAUGCAUAUAUUGUGUUGGUGCUGAUUUUUGUCAUGUUUUUUUUUUUUUUUUUUUUAAAUCUUGCUCCUGCUCCUUCAGUUCAUGCAGCACUUUUACAACGUCACCUUGACUGAGCGACACGGGACGCCCAUUGGGGAGGACAAGCUGACUUUGCCGUGGUCGCUGUCUGUGUCCGUGUACCCCCUGGGAGGCUUCUUUGGCUCUCUCAUGGUGCCCCCCCCUGGUCAACAAACUGGGAAGGUAAUUGUGUACAUGAUGCAGCAGUACAGUAUAGUAUAAGCACCUGGACGAUCUGAAGGGAUCCAGUUCAAAGUUUGGAAUAAACAUGUCUGUCUAUAAAGACGUUCAUUCAUUUGUAAGAUGGAACCCAGCCGAGUUCAGGCAAAAGGCAGACCGUGCCCCGGACUAGUCACCGAUCAGUCGUAGUGCACGCCGUUGAGUAUGGGAACCAAAAUCUUCGAAAACACCUCAUAGAGUGGUCGAAGUGCUGAAUUCUAAUAUAAUGCCUUUUUCAGGGCGGCACGGUGGAGCAGCUGGUAAAGCGUUGGCAUCACAGUUCUGAGGACCCGCGGAUCAAUCCCGGCCCCACCUGUGUGGAGUUUGCAUGUUUUCCUCGUGUGCCUGCGUGGGGUUUCUCAGGGGAACUCCGAUUUCCUCCCACGUCCUAAAAACAUGCAACAUUAAUUGGACACACUAAAUUGCCCUAAGUUGUGAUUGUGAGUGUGGCUGUCGUCUGUGCCCUGUGAUUGCCUAGCAACCAGUUCAGGGUGUACCCCGCCUCCUGCCCGAUGACAGCAAGGAUUGACUCCAGCACUCCUCACGACCCUGAGGAUAAGCGGCUAAGAAAAUGGAAGGAUGGAUGCCUUUUUCAGUGUUUUUCAUCAAGGUUGGAACCUCCUGCUGGGUGUCACCGGCAUUCCUGCUUUGAUUGAGCUGCUGUUGCUUCCAUUUUCCCCAGAAAGUCCCAGGUACACGCUCAUCCAGAGGGGUGACGAGAUGACCGCAAAGAGAGCGUUGCAGAGCCUGCGCGGCACGCAGGACGUGACUGAAGAGCUUUCGGAGAUGCGUCUCGAGGACCAAUCGGAGAGGGCGGAGGGUCGCUUGUCCGUGCUGUCCCUGCUGUCCCGGCGGUCUCUUCGCUGGCGGCUGGUCUCCAUCGUCCUUUUGAACAUGGGGCAGCAGCUGUCGGGGGUGAAUGCGAUCUACUACUUCGCAGACAGCAUAUAUGCCACCGCAGGGGUCGCACAGAACGACAUCCAAUACGUCACGGCGGGAACGGGCGCCGUUAACGUCUUCAUGACCGCAGCGGCUGUUUUUAUCGUGGAAUCCUCGGGACGCGUCGGCUUUGGGGUCUGCUGCGGGGCGUGCAUCCUGCUCACCGUUGCGCUCGACUUGCAGAAAAGUGUGACGUGGAUGCCCUACGUCAGCAUCACGUGUGUCGUCCUCUACAUCAGCGGACAUGCGAUCGGACCCAGCGAGCUUUCCCUCAGUGUGCUCUUGGUUACCGACAAUCCGUCUGGAAUUGUACCUCCUUUUUUGCCGACCACGUGGGCAGGUCCCAUCCCUUACGUGGUGACCACUGAGAUGUUCCGGCAGUCGGCCAGGCCUGCUGCCUUCAUGGUGGCGGGUUCCGUCCACUGGCUCUCCAACUUCACCGUUGGACUCCUAUUCCCGUUUAUGGAGAGAGGCCUGGGCUCCUACAGCUUUGCGGUGUUUUCCUUCAUUUGUCUGGCCACGCUGGUCUACAUCUGGCCGGUGGUCCCUGAGACCAAGAGCAAGACCUUCCUGGAGGUCUGCCGGAUGUUUGCAAGGAGGAACAGAGUGGAGAUCAAGCUGGGCGAUGGCAACGCGCCACUGGAAGAGAGGAAAGAAAACCUGCAGGAUGUAGAGAAGGUCACGGCCUUUUGAGGACACAAAACAGAUCUCUCAUGUGAGAGGAAGUCCUCGCGGGAUUGCAUAUCUCUCUGGUUGUUCCUCUCGUUGGAUUUUUUUCUACAAUGUCUUUUGUAGAAUAAUCCAAGCCACAGAAAUGAAUGGACGUUGAUGUCACUUUAUUUCCAAUACUAAGAUGACGAGUACACGAAUGAAACUCAAAUUGACGACAAAUACAAGGCGUGACACUAAAACGAGACCGGCAGCCGUGCCUCGCCUCUUUUCUGUGGCGUGUAUCUUUUUCAUGUCUCACUUUGUGCUUCUUCUUGAGGGUUUUGUCAUUCUGAGCCCGAGCGUGGCUCACACGGGCUUGCUUCUUCGGAAUGUCACGCCCUGUGCUGAUGUACGUUUUAUCGUUUCAUAUAUUGCAAUUAAGCGUUCUAAGACCAGUGCUAUACACUAAUUCCCCAACUUUUCACAUUUUUGAGGGAGCCUACGUGCUGUUGCGCCAUGAAAGACACUUUUUGUUUGUUGUGCUUAUCUAUUUUUAAUGCACUAAGAUGCCAUUAAAGCCUUGUUGACGAUGAAUUGGUGUUGAGGAAAUAAGUUCGAGUGGUAUAUAGACAAGCUUUGUGUGUCAGGGUUUGCAUCUGGAAGCUGUUUUUACGCGAGGAGUUUAAAUUUGAAAAAUAAUUUGGCUAUCACAUUGAUGGUAGAGUGGUGCCUUGACUUAUGAGUUCCAAGCCCGUUGUUUGCGUUGACUUGCGAGUGCCAAGUCGAGGUAUGACCACUGUGUGGUAGCAGAGAGUCACACCUGACAAAAUGCAGCAGUUUUAUUUAUAUUUAGAAUUAGUAGUUGUCAAACCGAACAACACUGAAUUAGGCUGCUAAGUUAAAGUUAAGACAAGGUGGAGACGGCUUUUAACAGGCUAACGUAUUACAUCUAUGUUGCAAUGUU